CAGGCGGCCGGCAAAGGCGUCCGUGCGCAGGGCGCGGGCCUCGGGGUCGCGGAGGCCCGGAGACAAAAGGAAAACUGCUCGUGUUCGUCGUGGGGGAUCGGAGAAGUGUGCUCGACCGCCUCCCGCCCGGGCCCGCGGUCCUCCUUCCCCACCCUCGGCUGNNNGCUGCUCCGCUCCCCCGGCGGACCGUCCCCGCAGAGCCCUGGGACCCGGCGAGCCUUCGGGGCGCGCGUCGCUGCUGGUGUUUCGGGCUCUAGCGAUAAUAAAUGAUAGAGGAUACAAUGACUUUGCUGUCUCUGCUGGGUCGCAUCAUGCGCUACUUCUUGCUGAGACCCGAGACGCUCUUCCUGCUGUGCAUCAGCUUGGCGCUGUGGAGUUACUUCUUCCACACGGACGAGGUGAAGACCAUCGUCAAGUCCAGCCGGGACGCCGUGAAGAUGGUGAAGGGCAAGGUCGCAGAGAUCAUGCAGAACGAUCGGUUCGGCGGGCUCGAUGUCCUGGAGGCCGAGUUUUCCAAGACCUGGGAGUUCAAGAGCCACAACGUGGCUGUGUAUUCCAUCCAGGGCCGGAGAGACCACAUGGAGGACCGAUUCGAAGUUCUCACGGACCUAGCCAACAAGACGCACCCGUCCAUCUUCGGGAUCUUCGACGGGCACGGGGGCGAGACUGCAGCUGAAUAUGUAAAAUCUCGACUCCCAGAGGCCCUUAAACAGCAUCUACAGGACUACGAGAAAGACAAAGAAAAUAGCGUAUUGUCUUAUCAGACAAUUCUUGAACAGCAGAUUCUGUCCAUUGACCGAGAAAUGCUAGAAAAAUUGACUGUAUCGUAUGAUGAAGCAGGUACCACGUGCUUGAUUGCUCUACUAUCAGAUAAAGACCUCACCGUGGCCAACGUGGGUGACUCCCGUGGGGUCCUGUGUGACAAGGAUGGGAACGCCAUUCCUCUGUCUCAUGAUCACAAGCCUUACCAACUGAAGGAAAGAAAGAGAAUAAAGAGAGCUGGUGGUUUCAUCAGUUUCAAUGGCUCCUGGAGGGUCCAGGGCAUCCUGGCCAUGUCUCGAUCCCUGGGGGACUAUCCACUGAAAAAUCUCAACGUGGUCAUCCCAGACCCAGAUAUCCUGACCUUUGACCUGGACAAACUCCAGCCUGAGUUCAUGAUCUUGGCAUCAGAUGGCCUCUGGGAUGCUUUCAGCAAUGAAGAAGCUGUUCGAUUCAUCAAGGAGCGCUUGGAUGAACCUCACUUUGGAGCCAAGAGCAUAGUUUUGCAGUCGUUUUACAGAGGCUGCCCUGACAACAUAACAGUCAUGGUGGUGAAGUUCAGGAAUAGCAGCAAAACAGAAGAGCAGUGAACCCUUCAGGGUCUCAGCUGCCUUAGACUAAAGGACUUUCAGCACACUGGUCUAUUUUAAUGUAGUGAAAGGUGUGGAAGUUACAGUUAGAGCCCCCCACCCCAGACAUGGGAUUCCCCCUCCCUGGUGGUCUUAGGUCUGUAUUCAGUGAUGAUGGAAAGAGGGUGUUCUUGGCCGAUGCAGUUGAGAGGCUGGAAAAUGGUUUCUUCAUGUUCCCCAACUCUUUCAUCCAGUGUUCAGAAUAUAUAAAUAUGUAGUUGUAGAUUCACAUGUAUGAAGUGAAUGGCAUAUGUGCCAUAUAUUCUCCCUUUUAAGAUUCUUUUCAAGAUCCCUUACAGGUGCCCUCCAGGCAUCAGACUUUGUGUCCUCUCUGGAGCAGUGAGCAGGGCAGGCCCCCCAGAGCUGCAGGACAGGCCACCGUGUCACCUGUGAGUCAGGGCACAGUGCCCUCUGCUGAGGGCAGAGCUGUCCUGAGAAUGCUUUAUCUUCCUGAGCCGAGGUUUUCAACUCAGCAGCAGCCCAGAAACAGAUUUGGGACGGUUUGCUGUUCCGUGGAUGCUCUUGGAGACUGAGGGAAGCAGAGAGGUUGAGGCGGCCUGCACAGCAGAAAUAAUGUUUCCCUCUCUCCCUUUAUUCGUUAAAUAGACUUUGUGGGCCACCUGGCCAGUCUUUGUGCAUUUCUCCUAAUCGUGCAUGACCUUAACCUUUUGCUUACACCUUAUCUUAUGUGAUAGGCAGCUGUUAAACUUCACAACUGGACUCCAUGAUUUUUUGUGUUAUGUCACCAGGAAACCUGUUAGGGGAAGUCAAAAGAGCAAAUCACAGUAUCAUAAUCCCUCCCACCUUUAGGGUAGACAGGGGAGAAGAAUGGCUGAGUCAGUCACAGUGCUGCCUGGGGAAGUCGGUGGUUUGCAUUGGGAGAGAAAGCUGGUGAGGUUACCACCCUGAAUUGAGCUCCAACUGCCAGUUGUUACACGGGUUGCUGUUUUUUUCUCUCCUGUCGUAGCAGCUUGUAAGUGUCUUUCAAGGAACGUUCUGAGAAGCAGCAGAGGAACCUCAUGAGUGUUCCUUGAAGCCCAGGACAGAGUUCCCAGACAUGUUUUAGAGUUUGGUGGUAAACCUCUGGGAUGUGCUUCUCCUCAACAGUGGAGAGCAGCAGCCUUUAACGUUUGGCUGCAAAUCACUGUCCACAGCAGGUAGCUUUCCCCAGGCAAACCACUCAGUUACCACAAAGCUGGUUGGGAAUUCAAGCUCAAAUAGGUAUUGUUAAGUGGCCCAGAGUUAUUUUGGGGCCAGGAUUGCUGCUCUCCAUUUCCUAUCACCAAAGUCAUGUUUCCAGCCUCAGUAUUUUAUAAGUUAAUUGACAGAAAAUGCUUAGUCAUUCUGUUUGCCUAACUGCGGUGGCUCAAACAGCCCGACAGGAUUUUGGUUGCGUUCCCAGCCCCCUGUGUCUGAAAUGCCAGAGUGUCCACCUGGCUCUGUUCUUUCCAAGUCAGCAUUUGUCAUUAUAGCCUCUCGAAGGCCCAUUUGCUGGCCACCUCCUGCCUUUCUUUAGCUGUGGAGCUCUUCUGAAGCAGGUUCCAGAGAGAGCUCAGGAGAAUAGAAAGAUUCCCUUGUGGCUACCAAGGACUGCAGUCAGUCGAUUCCUCCAAGCACUUACUUUCCUCAGACUACAAUGAGAAUUAAUAAUAGUUUCCCAACAGAUUUGUAAACUGUAAGUUAGAAUUCCAACAUUAGAAUUAGAAGUUUGAUGAUUCUUUUUUUAGCCAUAGAAUGUUCUAGUACAAGAUAUCUACCACCAUUUAGGUUGAGCUCUUUGCCUAUAAAGAGACACUGAACAUUUGGAUGUGUGUAUUUGGGGUUGAGGUCAGGAGGGGAGUGUGGGAAACAUGCUGACUGUGGUCGGUGAUGGGACGGUCAAGCCAGGAGACCUUGAGUUUGCCCAGAGAUUUAGUAUGUUCUGAUUCCCGAGAGUUACCAAAGCCCACCAUCCAACUCAAGUUAAGGAAUAAGCAAUUUCAUUUUACAGUACACAGUCAAUUUUCCUUUUUAUUUUUAACUUAACCCCAAAAUUCAUAAUCACAAGGAAAAGACAUUGUUAAAUGCCAUGAUCGUUGUUAUUGUCCAAAAUGAAAAUAGUAUUGUUUUGGUGAACAUGAAAAAGAAAAGUUAUUAAGUUGG